AUGUCCGUUGAUAUCAACAACUUCGAUCCAACCCGCGUACUGGUCGGCGUUCCUUAUCUCAAUACUGUCUUUCAUUUUACCGUAAGUGGCGGUGGAAGAAUACUAACAUUGUCCGACCAAAGAAGUAAUGGAAACAGUGUUGGCUUUGGCAAGGGCGUUGCUUGGCUUGCAUCUAAUCAAGCCGCCAUUCUUGCCAACCAAUAUACAUCAACAUUUUCUAGUUGGUUAUCUUCACAGAUAUGGCUCUAUACGCAGUUACCGACAACAGGUCUUGCUUCAGCAGCAACAGCCAUCAUACCCAACUGUCAACAGCCUAUACCUUCCAAUAUUAAUAGUGAACUUCUUAAUAUAAAAUCUACUCCAACUGCAUUGACUGUCUUAGAUGUAUUUGGUGGAAUUCUUUUUAUUAUAGCUACUGCUCCUGGCUAUUACGCUUCAACGGAUACAAGUCUUGCACUCGUGUCUAUUGCAAUACCAAUCAUCAGUACAACACAAAACUGUUCCGCAGGAAUGAUGAAGAGUGACACAGGAGUUCAUCCAUGUAGUCUUUGUCCUAUGGGCUGGAAAAGUAGUGUAGGUAGCAUAAAUUGUACAGUUUGUAAUGCAUCAGCAUUUUGUCCGCUUGGUGCUGUGGAUGAAGUGUCCCAAAGUGAGCUGCAAACGAUCUCGCAAGCGUAUGCAUAUCCGCAAAACCCAGAAAAAACAGAAGUCGAGGGUAUUCUCGUAUCAAAUGUGUUUCAAAUUGGCUCGAGUAGCAAUUGUGUUCUUGUGUCACCUUUAUUUUGGACUCUCAUCGUCCUCAUCCCAAUGGUGACAAUUUUUAUCAUUAUCUUUAUAUGCCAGAUCAGCAAUGGAAAAGUAAAGGGCUCUGAACAUGUCAAAACUGUUAAAAAAAUUUUCAAACAAACCGAUUUUAUAGUAAGUCAUUGUGGUUUUUUCAAAGCUAAGCGAUGAAAAACGUUUCCUAACACUGAAUGAUUUCAAUAUCAUUCUUCAUGGGAGAAAUUACAUUCGAAAAAGUCACAUGAAAUCGAGUCUUUCAGAUAAACAUCCUUCAUAAGAAAAGCAUAGAAGGCCUCGGGUUUCGAUCGUUAGAAAAUGAGGAAAUACUAUAAAUCAAUUCUGAAUUUGUCAUAUUCGUGUAGUGCUUAGCCAAAAGCAAUCAUGAAACCAUUUAAAAAUAUUAAAAGUUAUUUCUUGUUUUCAAAACGUCCAAUUGUAUCGGUUCUAAAUUUGAUUCUGGAACGAUUUGGAUGAAAUCGAUUCAAUUAUGGUAUUUUUUCAAAACCAUCUUUUAUAGAUAUGCUGUUAACCACUUGAACAAUGUUUCCAUUCUAGGAGCAAGAUAGGUGGCAACUAGUAGUUUGAACAAGAAAAUCUUUGUCGAUUUUUGUUCAUCAUCAGGUCAUUCAUUCCAAAAUAGAAUUAAAAAUGGAAGCAAUUUAUUUGUAGGAGGACAUUAAAAUUACGUAUUUAAACAGUAGAGAAUGAAUUUCAAGUAGUAAAACCUCUAAGAGAAUUGAACCACUUAAAAGUAUCUUAUAGGUAUUUCUAAAUAGAAAAUUUACCUUUUCUUAGUAAAUGUAGUAGAUUUUUCACAUCACCGAGCUAUGUACGAAGUCAGCGAAGAAACAUACCGCGAAUUAUGAAUUCGUCCAUUCACAUAGUGGAAAUAGGGAUAAUCAAUAAUGAAACGUACAGAUACACGAUUAGUGCUCGAUGGUUUCAUAUAAGCGAAACCUUAUCAUAUGGACAAUGGUAUUAUGAGAUUUUCCUUAUAUGCAAUCUUCUUACACUAAUCAUAUAUCUGUACGUUUAAUUAUUGAUUGCGUCUACUGCCAUUAUGUAAAUGACCGAGAGCGCAGCAUUCAAGCACGCAACAUGUUGACACGAGACAUAAUGAAAAAAUAUUCUGAAUUCAGUAUGAAAUAAUCUAAAAUGUGUCUAAACCUGCAAUCUUGACUUUUUCUGCAUUAUUUUCAUAUAGGGUGAAGGGGAAAUGUGGAUCGGUGGCUUAAUCUCGAUUGUGAUAAUUGUACUUCUCAUUCAAGCAUAUGUCUUCAGCAGCAAAUUUGUCAAUCAGUACCCAGCUGAAAAAGUUGGUGAUAGUAACUUUGCUUGUGACGUUACGUUGCGAAAUGCUUUAUUCCAAAGUAUGCUACGAUCACUUGCCGUCCCGCUAUCUGAUGAAGAGCAAAAAAUGUUUGAUUUACUCGACAAUCAGCAGUGGACAUUAAAUGUUAAUUUAAUCAACACAGCUGUUAUUUGUUCAUCGAUCUCUAUCUACCAAAUUUUCGGUACAUCAUCAAAUGCAAUUGCUAUAACAUCGUGUACGCUUGCCAAUUCUAUUGUAAAAAUGACUAUUGUCUUAUUGUCUGAUACGACUUCAAUACAACUGAUAAUUAAUGAUAUUAAACCAAUUGGAGCCCUAUCAGUGGGUGUGUGAGUGCUCCAGGAAAUGAGAACGGAAGUUACACGCUCAGAGACCUCGGAUUUAGUCAGGCAUUUUACAGUAAUAAUCAAACACUGGCUCAAACAGUUCUCAUUUCUCUUGCAGUCAGUAAAGUAAGAUCAAUAUAAAUUCUAUUGAUAAGUGUAUAUAUUUUGCAUUCCAAUGACUUUUCUAAGACGGUCUUGAGAGUAGUUGUUGUGCUAUCUAGCUGUCAAAUCAUAACUUCGAUGCCAAAGAUAACAUGUGUAUGAUAAGAAAAUAGUGCUGUACCGAGAACUCUAUCGAUGUUCAGUAAAAGUAUGCAAUCUUCUUAGAAUAUAUAUGGAAUAAAACAUGUUUUUUUGGAAAAAAGGCAUGAAUCUUGAGAAAAUUGAAUGAAAUCUACGACACGAGAGAUUUAUUAAGAAUUCGCGAGAAUUUCACACGGUUAUGUACCGAAACUUUUGCUCUACAAAAUUUAAAACAGACUUAUACAAAGAUUCGUCCUAUGAUCCAACAAACAGAAGUUUUAAGGGUUCAUAUCAUAGCCGAACCUUUUGAUAAGUUGAAUAGUUGCAUUGAUAUGAAUACCUUGUGAGAAAGCAUUAAUUACGCGUUUCUACAACCAAAACUACUUCAAUUUGAGUAUUUUUGAUGAUUACUGAAAAAUUCAGCACUAGUUUGAGUUUCUAGUGUUUUUCUUUUUGAUUUAUGAGUGUUUUGAUAGUUUCUUCGCUUAUCGGUAUAAGUUUACGAAGAAAACCGAAUGGUAAAAUUUUUGGCUGAAAUUUCUUUCAUGAAUAGAUUUUGUUGAAUCUAAAGAGUUUUCUUACAGUUCUAGAGAGAAAAUUUUCAUACAAGUUUUCUAAUUUUCAAACGCAAUCACAAACAGAUGUAACGUCUGUAAAAUAUAAAUCUCUUGAUGAAGAUAACUUCUACCUGUCCUCUCACUCUGAGGAUUCUUCAGCACACAUGAGAUCUAUUCAGAGAGGAAAUUUUAGUUCGAAAUUCCAUGAUUCGAUUUUAUCCAUAAUAUUAAUAUGUUCAUCAGUGAAAAAUCUAGUGAAAUGCUUAUAACUAACGAGAAAACAUGAGAAACUUAAACCAAAACUGAUUCGUUUGGAUAUUCGCCGAUAUCGAUGGAAUUGAAGAAGUUACUGCGAAAAAAUAACUAUAUAUAAAUAAAAAAUUUCCUUCUUAGUUUUUUUUACAUCAAUCAAUGAAAAUUCAUCGCAUUACUGACUUCUUUAUCCAAUUUUCACUGGCAUAUUAAUAAGAGUUAUUAAGAACAUGUUAUCAUGUUCGAAAAAAAAAUGACUGACACUCCAAAAUAGGCUUUAAAAGAAAUUGAUGAAUGAGAAAAUGAAUAUACUUCUCGUACAAAUUCUCGAGAUUCUAUCGAUUUGCUGGUACAGUUAAGCCAUUUCAGGACAUAUAUUGAAAUGUAAUCUAUAACCCUUUUGUAGUAAGUGAAGAGAACUUCCUUUGCCAAAACGUUGUAAUAAACGAUAAGAAAGAGUAUUUCAAUUAAAAGAAGUCAGUAAUGGCAUUCUUUCUGUUUUGAAAUUAGUGUACCAUCGUUCUCUCGAUCCAAUAUCGGUCGAAGUCCUAUGAUAGAUUUAUAGUGUCGGCAGUAAGAAGACAGAAACCCUUUUAUUUCCAUUUUUGAAAUCAGUUAAUCACAAACAACAUGUGUUCUUUCAUUCAUUUGUCAGAAUAAAGUAAUUUUAUUAAAUAGCGGAUUUUUUUCGCAAUAGAUAUGUUCUUGAUAAUAUUUCUUAUGAAAAUAAUUCUAGCGUUCGAUUAUCGCUUCAUAAAUAAUUAAGUUUUACGAGACGACAAACACUUGAUCAAGCGAAGUCUCAGAAUGAUUAGCUAAAUAAGUAGAUCAAACUACUUAUGCAUGAUGUUCAGAUUCUUUCAUUUUAUUCUCCGUUAUACAACAGAAGUAAAUGAAUAGAUGAUUUAGUGAAAUUGUGAAUUAUUCUAGAUGAUUACUUUAUCCUUUUUUUUUCUCAAAAUGUCUAACCAAAUCCUGCAGAAGAUUGUUAAACUAAAGAAACUUUUAUACAAGUUUAACCAUAUUGGGUGAAAAAUAAUUCUCUUUAAAACUUGUCGAAAGAGUGUAGUUAUUCAUAUGGAGUCGUCAUUUUUAAAUAUUUCUCUGAAAGUUAAAUUUUCAUUUAAAAAUGCGUAUGCCAGACAAUAUGAUCUAACCUAAAUAAAGUGAUUUAUACCACAUUUUUUGACAAAAAUAUUUCAGAAUGAAACAUAAUAAAACAUUUUUAUCAGUAGAUUAAAGCUUAAUACAAGCAUGACUUUUUCUAGGUCGUAAACAAGACAGAACCAUUAAGUGGAUCAGAAGCAGAGUUCGCGGGAAAUUGGUAUCCAGUAUAUACUGUGGACAAAAGUAUAGCAUUCGUCACGAGUGAUGCAUAUGUGACCUCAUUCAAGUUGACACAAACUACAGUGAGUAUCGAUAUCACUGAAACGUCAUACUAUAUCCGGAAUGUACAAACGCCGCUUGUCAAAAUACCCGACAUGAUUUUCAAAAAUCUUUUAUUCACCAUCCUUUUAUUGGAAAUGUUCGGGUUGUGUUUUCUUGUUUUCAAUCUUAUGCUCAUUCCUCUACUCAAAUUCCUCCUAUUACAAGACAAGCAUUGGAGAACUAGAUUAUGUGGUAAAGAUGAAGAUAGCUCAGACGAUGGUGAUGAUGUAGAGAGUCAACAUCGAAAGCUGAGUGGACGUAAAUCAGCAAAAGUAUCUCCAGGUUCAGUUCAUCCAAAGCAAUUCGAAGAACUUGAAGAGCCACAUGUGAGCUAAUCAAGUAAAAAACCCAACGAUUCACAAAGCAAUCCGUCUACUAUUGUAGUUUGGAGUUGAAAAGAACAAUAGCAGAUGGUUAUCGAUCACUGCGACUCUUGCAGCUUGCAAUUGAUGUGUCACCGUUUGAUUUUUACAUUUUAGUUUCACUGAUUGUUAUUUUAUGAUUGCUUUUCUCUCUCUAUCAUACCUGACUAUCUGCAGCCGUCUCCGAUGAUCUUUGUCUCAUUAAUCGACAUCUCGUUCAUGAGUCAAUAAUUGUUGCAUCAUAUAUUAUUUCACUGCAUAUGCUUUGAUUUUCUUUAUCAUUAAUAUCACUAUUUUCUUUUAUGUAUGUUCUUUGUUUCUGUUUCUGUUUUUCUCUCUUUCACUUUAUAUAUAAGCGAAUGCAUAAUAAAAAAAUUGAUAACUCUGCCACUGUAGCCUCUUGUCGUUGACAAAGUUCUUCUUUAUGCAUUUUCUAAAAGUAAUCUUGACUUACAUUACUGUUGAAUCCUAAGUCUCAACCGACGAUGAUAUCAAUGCAUGAUUGCUACCUUUAUUUAACACGUAGACUCUGUUUGACAUAUGAAACAAACUAUCCACGAGAUCAAACUGCAAAUCGAAAAUCAAAUCAUCACCCUUCACUAUUAGCAUCAGAACCUCUGGACACAAAAUUCUGACAGCACGGAGUCUUUCAAUAUUAACCAAGUUGAACUAAAGCAAACCUUUUCGAUAUACAUUGUACGACCUCUCUUCGGUUGCAUGGUCAUCAUUCAUCCAUGGAUCCACAAGAAAUCAACAUUUUUCCGAUCUAAUUUUCUCUAGGUCUCAUAAUCCAUUUAGCUCCUUUACUCCUAUUGAUUUCAUGUGUUAUUAUUAAUUUUACACCUACUUGUCUCUUCGGUUCAUGUUACGGUCAGAAUGAAGUUCACUUUCGGAGUGAUGGUCUGCAUGCAGUUAUUUUUCAAGUUCUAGCUGAAUGCUAAACAGUGCUAUGGAAAGACUGAAAUCCUUAAAUCGAUUCAAAGGAUUAAAGAGACUCGAGCGUAUGAAGAAAGUUAGGGUGUGAGUGUCGAUUUGCUCAUCACAGGCACUCUAUCACAUCCACACCCACAUUCAUUUUUACUAAAUCUAGAGUUGCCCGAGCAACUUAUCAGCAUAGUUCAUUCCAUUGACUGUCAUUGGUCUCUAAGUGUGAUCCGCUCAGAGGGGAUCACUGGUUUGAAGGGGUAGUUAAAAUUUCAUUCAUAUAAGUGGAAAGUGAAAGCUCUCUCAAAACAAUUCAUAAACAGGAGUGUCAUUAGCGGCAAGUUAUUUCUAGGAGCGUAUUUUUUUUUAAAAUGUUCCACGUAUAGAUCCAGGCAGGCUUAAGAGGAGCUAAAGCUUGUCAUAAAGUCUGAAACAUCUCACUUUGCAAAAGCUGACUGACGAAAACGGUUUCUAGAUUUUUUGUCAUUUAGUCACUGGAAAAAUUCACUGAAAAAAUGAGCCGAAGAAAAACACUUUUGAAAGACAAACAAGGGUGAGGAUGCCGCCUUGAUCGAGUAGCAUGUUUCUUUUUAAUUUUAUUCAUUUCUUUUACACUGAAACUCAAGACGACAGUUGAGAAUGCUGCGAGCCCCAAGAGAGUGUAAAAAACGUAUAGUUCAGAGCAUUUGGAAAUAGUGUAAUAAGAGUUUUAACUCCGAAAAUGCUGACUUGAAACUAUUCUAUCAAGCUUCACUACAAAAGUUCUAUUUUUUCUUGUGUUCAAAAUGAAAGAAAAAUUUGACGCUGUUUUCGCCGUUUUCAUAUGUUCAGGAUUGAGCCCACCCUAGGCAGAAGUCUGGUUACGUCGUUACUA